AACAACAAAAUGGCGCACUACCAGUCGGUCUUCACGAGUAGGCGUUCCCAGUAGCCGAAUUGCCCUUGCAAAGGACAGAUUUGAACAGUGCAUAACUGCAGUCAGAGACAAUGUUCAACACCUAACGUAAUGAGAAUGUACAUCUUGAGCAGACUGCACACGACCGCAGUGCUUGUACAGGAGGUUUGUUACCUGUUGCUGUCCGUGUUUGUGCUGGUCGAGACGGACGAGUCAGAGUGUCCACCACCCUGCUCGUGCGCUGACCAGUACUCGGAGCUAGUGGUAAGCUGUGGAGGGCGAAAUCUCGCGAGAAUUCCCGCACACCUCCCGUCAACCACCACCUGGCUCGAUCUGAAGUAUAACAACAUCACCAAGGUCACAUCGAAGAGCUUCAAGGACACAACCCAAGUCAAAGGCAUCAACCUGAGUCACAACAGAAUCCAUAAGAUAUCAGUUAAUGCCUUUAAGAAGCUGAAGCACCUGGAUACGAUUGAUCUGUCUCAAAACCUACUGAAAACCAUCUCUUACGAUUUGUUCAAAGUUCCCAUAGAAUCAGCCGUAAGAGAUGCCAGACGGUUCUUUGCUACACUGGCCAUCAACCCAUGGCUGUGUGAUUGUAGAUUGGCCUGGUUGGCAGACAUGUUCAGAAAUGGCUCCCACAUGUUCAGUAGUAGGCUCGUUACAUGUGAUGCACCUAAAAGGUUGAAAGGGUUAGAUGUGGAAGAUGUGCCACGUGAAAAAUUGUGCCCAAUCGCAACAAUCGCACCGGAUGGUGUAAGGGAUAACAGCACAUUGCCCAUGUCACAGGAUCAGUAUAACAGCACAUUGCCCAUGUUACAGCAUCAGUAUAACAGCACAUUGCCCAUGUUACAGCAUCAGCAUAACAGCACAUUGCCUAUGUCACAGCAUCAGCAUAACAGCACAUUGCCUAUGUCACAGCAUCAGCAUAACAGCACAUUGCCUAUGUCACAGAGUCAGGCGACAGGAAGAAAUCUUAUUCCAAUGUUUGUAUCAGUGCCCAUUAUUGUGUUGUUGGUAGUUACAGUCACAGGAGCGUAUGGGAGAUGGGGAAAAAGGCAUAGGUAUGAGCCAGUACCUAUGUCAUCCAUUGCGAAUUCCUAAUAAGCUUUGGUUUGAAUUGUAUUUAAAAAUGAACUAUUCGGAAUGUUGUUCACUGCCAUGUUCUGUAUUGUACAAUUGUAUAAAGGUGCAGAAAUGUCUGAUCGUACAAAUAAAUAUAGAUGUCUGGUUGUGUGUACUA